CAUAAUAAUCUUACAAAAGUUUCAUCAAUACCUCAAGUUUUUUAAAAUUCUCGCGUCUAACAUAUAUCAUCUACAAUCAGACAUGGUGGCAACAACAAUGUCUUUAUCAUUGACAGUGCUCUUCUUCUUCCUCCUCAUAUCAACAGUAUCCAUGGCCCAAAGAAAUGUAUGGUGUGUGGCGAAUUCUGAUGCGACAGAUGAACAACUACAAGCGACUAUAGAUUGGUGUUGCAGCGACUCAGGAGGUUUUCGAGAUUGUACACCGAUCCAACCAGGUGGAGUCUGCUACGAACCAAACACUCUCAGAGAUCAUGCGUCGUUUGUGAUGAACUUGUAUUACCAGAACGAAGGUUCCACCAAGGCGCAAUGCAAUUUCAGUGGUACCGGCACUGAAGUUCAUGACGACCCAAGCCAUGGCCCGUGUAUUUAUGUGCAUUAUUAACAACAUAUAUAUAUAUAUAUAUGUAUGUAUGCAGUGUCAUGCUUAG